AUGGAUAAAAAGCUUGCAGCAGAGCAUCUCUUGCAGGAUAUAUCACAUUAUCAUGGGCCUAUGAUUAGACAAGAAACUGAAGAUUAUGAUGGCAUGAACUUGGAAGGAUUACAAGAGGAAUCCGAGGGGAACAAGGAUGCUGCACGUGCCUUGAUGGGUGUCAAGCAAAAACUCGAUCGCUAUGAGGGUGGUGAGAUGAGAAGCAUGCAUGGCCAGGCACAACAACUAAUACAAGAUGCGAUUGACGCAAAUCGUUUAGCGCAUAUGUUCCCUGGCUGGGGAGCCUGGAUGUAA